GAAAGCAUCAUGUCAUUCAUACUUGAAAAUUAAAUUGCCAACUUUACAAGUACACGUUUACAAAUAAAUAUAUGAUUCACGUCAACCUUCGUAUAACCACGUAAGCUUACGAAGAUUACGAACCAAAAACAUGCCUUUUACCUUCGUAAGCAAAAAUCGCCUUCGAAAUGUUCGUAAGUUUACGUGAUUACGAAGGCUGACGUGAAUUGUCUCACUAAGAAAAAAGUAGAAAAACGUAAUGAUUUUGUUACUCCGAGAUUGAAGAAAUUUACAACUUCAAUAUAUAUAUUCCCAGAAGAAAUUUAGGUGUAAUGCAUGCAGGGCUUUCUAAUUAAUUAUCUAAUUAAAUAGCAUGCAUGCUAUUUAAUAAUUACCAAUUAAUUAGAAAAUCACUAAGAAUCACCAAUUAAUCGGUCAAUGAGUUUAACUACUAAUUACCAAUUAAUUAGACAAAAUAUUUUCCUUCUAAUUAUAAAUUACUAAUUAAUUAGAAAUGUGGCUAAUUAAAAAGUUCUGAAUGCAUGUUCUGUAUGAAUUAUACAUAUGAAUAAAAGAUAGUGAACAAAAUAACACGUUUUUUAGUGAAUUCUAAAAUUAGACGGUGAUCUUUUACUGCAAACAAGUUGCAGAGUUAUCAUGAAAAUGUAACAAGAUAACAACAUUCAAGUACAUAAUUAAUUAAUAAGUAUAUCUCUUUAAACCAAAUAUUUAUCUGCACACGUACAUGUGAAAUUGAUUAACUUAAUCAAUCCGGUUUAAUUCGGUUUCCAAUUUAAUUGUGCAAUUUAAUAAUUAGAUAAUUAACGUUUAGUAUUUAACUGUGUGUCAGUGAGUAAAGUCAAUAAAAAUCGGAGUGAAUAUAUAAUCAAAGAAAAAAUCUAAAAUUUUGCUAAAAUGUUGCCACUUUUGCCCACGAUAAUUUUGGGUGGUGUGAUUAUUGCGUAUUUUUUUGUAAUUCCGAAAAUUAAGGAGGUUCGGAUGCAGAAAAGAUUAGAACGAUGGAACCACACGAAAAAGGACGUCGUAAUAAUGCACGCUAUCCGCAGAGGAAGAACCGUUUGUCAUCCGUCGCCGUAUGUCGUCAAGUUGGAAACAUGGCUCAGAAUGGCGAAAAUUAAUUAUGAGACUGACUUGACCCUCGCUGACGCCUGGGGGCCGAAAGGCCGCUUCCCAUGGAUAAGUCUAAAUGGAGAACAUCUCGGAGAUUCGCAACUCAUUAUUGACUUUCUUAAAAAAAAAUUCGACGUCAAGUUGGGCAACGAAUACAGCAAAGAGAAACUCGCGGUGGGUGGAGCGAUCCGAAUCAUGCUGGAUGAACAUUUCUUCUGGGGUCUCGCCCUCUAUCGCUUCGUGUACGGUCCAUUUUCCUCUCUGCGUCAAGUCAUGGGGACAUUCGUCCCGGUUUGGCGUUCCUUCAUUUUCCGCCUUUACGCCGGUCGCGCAUUCACGGCGAGGUCAAAAGGUCACGGAAUUGGGCUGCACAACCGACAAGAAAUCGAACAAUUGACGUUGAACGAUUUGACCUUGUUGUCAGAACUGCUCGGAGACAAGAAAUUUAUUUUGGGGGAGACGCCCUGCGAAUAUGACGCCACCAUUUUUGGCCACCUGACCCAAGUCACGUGGGGUCUGCCCGGAUCGAUUUAUGAGGCCGCAGUGCAAAAGGAUUUGAAGAAUUUGAAAGAGUACGCGAUCCGCAUGAAGGAAACGUUUUACCCGGAUUGGGACAAAAUUUUGGAGAAAUGAGACCAAUUAUGGAGUAAUUAUGGAAAAAUUAUGAUUUGUGAAAAACUGUUUUCAAAAUAAAGACCACAAUGUUGACGA